UUUUGUGGUGUCGCAGUGCAGUUUAACGUUGUUCAUCAAUUUUUGUCUAUUUUACAUGGGAGUAUUACUUUUUGUUUUGAUACCGAAAAUUAAUCACAACAAAUAAAAAGUUUGUGAAAUUCUUAUUGAAAAGUUUUUUAAAGUUAAAUAAAAUGGAGCAGGACGUUGAAGCUGGUUAUAGGACACUAUGUAGUGCGUGUUUGAGUAGUGAUCGUGAUUUAUUCGAUUUAAAUACUGAGGCGCAAAAUACAUUCCGGCGACUAUUAUUAAUGUAUGAUUUUGCGGAAGACAGUUUCAGCGAACGUCUGCCGGAGAUGGAACACCUUGUCUGCUGGGAGUGUCUGGCCUUGCUAAAAAAGUUCGAAAAAUUUAAGUGGCAGGUCCACUACGCACAGCAGCAUCUCAGGGUGUUAGCCCUCAGCAGGACAGACGAGAGCACGACAGACCACACAUACAUGUCCCAGUCUCUAUCCUGCCUCGAGAUGACGACCAAAACGGAAUAUGACAAGAUCUUCUUUGACUUCUCUACCGGAGAAGAGGGGUACAUUAUACAGACACAGCCGCAGAAUGUUAAGAAUGAACAGUUUGAUGUUAGUCAGGUGCAGGAUACCAGUAUUUUGGAUAUUGAUGAAAAUAUCUUAGAAGUGCCCGAGAUAGUCCUGGAGAAUCCGGUGACUGGAGUCAUCUCACACAAAGUUGUUGGAGCUGACGCCUUGGUUCUUGACUCUGGACCCAGCGAUGAAGUUAUAUCUCAUCUUACUAUUGGGAACCUAACCAAAACGCAGAUUGAUUCUAUAAAUAUAAUUACACAGGCGGAUGCUAAGCCAAAGGUGGAGAAAACGGAACCCAAACUAGGAUACGUUACUGAAUACAUGACUGAAUCUGAUAUGUUGAAAUGCAGAGAAGAAGCUAAGAAAAAGGUUCAGUACGCAAGCUCUGUGUAUAAAUGCGAAUUGUGUAUCAUUGGAUUUUAUACACAACAACAAGUUGAAGAUCAUUUCGUAUCAGCGCAUAGAGCGAAACCGCGUCAAGUGGCAUGCAAAGUAUGCUACGUGUACGUGGACGAGAACAAGAUCGCGUCCCACACGGACGCGCACUACCUGAAGUACCGCUGCAAGCUGUGCAGCCACGAGGAGGCCAGCGCCAGGCUCGUGCAGCAACACGUCGACACGCACAUGGACAAACACACGCCCAACUUGUCCACCAUCAAAAUUGGGGAUCUAAAGAGUAAGGGUAGAAAGAAGAAGGACAAGGAGACAAAAGACCAGAAGGAUCCACCGAAGCCGGGCGACUUGCGUAAACUAUUGUCCAAGACGUCUAUAGAGGGGUACCAGUGUUUAGAGUGCGAUAUGUUCUUCAAGUAAGUUGUUU